GUCUUCUCUCAGGUUCCCCCUUUCCCUCCUCGUUUUUUGGGCUGUACGCCAUUAAAAAGUUUCUUCGAAAGCAGAACAACUGCAUUUGAUUUUUCCAGAGAAGUCAAGGAGAAUAAAGUCAUAUGGGGGUUGCAUUAUUUGUCUCCCAGUCUGUGUCUGUCAAUCUUUGUCUUAUGUGUGCGCCCCUUCAGUUGCUUUAACAACGAAGAGAAACUGAGAGAGAGAGAGAGAGAGAGAGUUUCACCUUUAAUUUCACAACAAAUGAUUCUCUGAAUUCUUGAAGAGUGAUCAGAGGGUCAUCUUUUCAGUCAUUCGUCACUCUUCCCCUUGCUUGAAUUCUCACGCCUCUGUUUGUCGGCAUCUUUCACUGUGGUGGUGGAAACGGUGCUGAGAAUUCAAAUAAUGCAUCUCCAUGUAUAGCUUCCAAUAGAGAAUUUAGAGGAAUCAAGGAGCUGGAAUUCUUGGAAAUUGAGACCUCUGAAAUGGGUGUCUCCCAAAACGAUGGAAGAAUGGAAGGAUGGUUAUAUCUCAUCCGUUCCAAUCGGAUUGGGUUGCAGUACUCGCGAAAACGGUACUUCGUUCUUGAAGAUCACUCUCUUAAGAGCUUCAAAUCAAUGCCAAUUUCAAAAGAAGAGGAUCCUGUUAGAAGUGCAACUAUAGAUUGCUGCAUUCGGGUAACAGACAAUGGAAGAGAGAGCAUUCACAGAAAAGUAUUCUUCAUUUUCACACUCUAUAAUACAUCUAAUCAUGAUGAUCAACUUAAGUUGGGAGCAAGCAGUCCUGAAGAAGCUGCUAGAUGGAUUCUGUCUUUUCAGGAAGGAGCUUUAAAGGCCGGGCCAAACUCAGGAGACAAUGUUGUUGAUGGUUCCAAGAGUAAUUGGCAGUCUUUUAGGUUGAUUGGUUCCCACAGGAUACAUGGCUUGGACUCCAUAGACUGGACUGUCUGUCCAUCCACACACGGGGAUGCCAUGGCAUCUGAUGUUAUUGCACCUUCCCCUUGGAAAAUAUUUGGUUGUCAAAACGGUCUACGACUAUUUAAAGAAGCAAAAGAUCGAGAUUUUCAUGGGAAGUGGGAUGAUCAUCCUGCAACAAUGGCUGUGGGUGUUGUUGACGCAACUUCAGAGGCCAUCUUUCAGACACUCAUGUCUCUUGGUCCCUCAAGAUCAGAAUGGGACUUCUGUUUUUACCAGGGUUGUGUGGUCGAGCAUCUUGAUGGUCAUACUGAUAUUAUCCACAAGAAGUUAUAUAGAGAUUGGUUACCUUGGGGGAUGAAAAGAAGAGAUCUUUUGUUGAGGCGUUAUUGGAGGAGGGAGGAUGAUGGAACAUAUGUUAUUCUCUACCAUUCCGUGUUUCACAAGAAAUGUCCUCCCCAGAAAGGCUAUGUCCGUGCCUGCCUUAAAAGUGGAGGAUAUGUGAUAUCUCCUGUCAACCAAGGAAAACAAUCAGUUGUGAAGCACAUGCUUGCUAUUGACUGGAAAUUCUGGAAAUCUUAUCUACGAACAGCUUCAGGACGAUCUAUAACCAUCCGAAUGCUUGGGAGAGUUGCUGCAUUACGAGAACUGUUUAGAGCAAAACUAGGAAAUUGCCCUUCCUCUGAUUUCUCCUCAGGAGAGUUGACAGGGGAUGUUAGAUUGCCACAAGGUGAAGAGGAUAGUAAGUUUGAAGAUCGAACAUUGGCCGAGAAUGGAAAAACCAAGGAUGAUAUAGAGGAAGAAGUAGCUGAUAAAACACCUUCAGAACAUGCAAGCCUUGUAGGACUAAAUGAUGCAGCUGAUGAAUUCUUUGAUGUUUCAGAACCGUUGGAUUUUGUUCAAUCGGAGAAUAGCUGGCCUUCUGAUUUUGAUUCAGAAGGUUACUUGCAGGAUAUGUGCCAUCCUAGGUUAACUACCGCUGCUAGUCUUGUGAAGAGAUUGCAUGAUCUUGCAGUUCAGAAGAGGGGUUACAUGGACUUGCAAGAGCUCGCAAGAGAAGAUGGUAUCCCAUGCUGCUAUGGAACUACUCUUCCAAAAGAUCCAACUUGUACUUUGGCUUGCAGUUGGACUGAGGCAGAUCCAUCUACAUUUUUAAUUCGUGGAAAGAACUAUCUAGAAGACCAUCAGAAGAUCAAGGCGAAGCAAACCUUGAUGCAAAUGGUUGCUGCAGAUUGGCUAAGAUCUGACAAGCGAGAAGAUGAUCUUGGCAGCCGUCCUGGGAGUAUUGUUCAGAAAUAUGCAGCACAUGGUGGGCCAGAGUUCUUUUUCAUUGUUAACAUACAGGUACCAGGUUCAACAACAUAUAGUUUAGCACUAUACUAUAUUAUGAGCACUCCUGUACAAGAUGCACCUUUGCUAGAGAGCUUUAUCAGAGGGGAUGAUGCAUAUAGAAAUUCAAGGUUUAAGCUCAUACCAUACAUAUCUAAGGGGUCAUGGAUAGUGAAGCAGAGCGUUGGAAAAAAAGCAUGCUUGGUAGGUCAAGCACUUGAAAUUAAGUAUUUCCACGGGAAGAACUACCUGGAGCUGGGGAUCGAAAUCGGGUCUUCAACAGUUGCAAGGGGUGUGGUCAGUCUUGUUCAUGGUUACCUUAACAACCUUGUAAUUGAAAUGGCAUUUUUGAUACAGGCUAAUGCACAAGAGGAGCUCCCAGAGCAUCUCCUUGGAACCUGCCGCCUUAACCACCUGGAUGCCUCUAAAGCAGUUCUAGUGAAACCAUAACUCCCUCACUUCCAUGCCACUAUUUUAAAGGCCCAUUCAGAAGUUGCCAAUAUUGAAUUGAGCAUGAACUUCUGUAUUUUGUUACUAUGUUUGUUCUGCAAACUGACUCAGGAUGUCAUUCUUUAUUCAAAUCAAAAUCAAACCACGCCCGAUUAUUAGGACUGAUUACUGAGCAUUUUGUAAAGACUAAAGAUGAACUCUUUAUAGCAUCUGUUUAUUGCCAUCA